CAAUCGCCAUGGACGAUUUUGAUUCCGCAACGUACUCCAUCGAAUCGGAACCAGAUUGUAAGCAAAUACCGCUCGACGAUGUUAUCCUGCCAACAGUUCGGCGCAGUGCGAUACAGAUCGUUUCCCUAUCGCCUCGCCGGCAAGCAAAGCGGCCCGGGCCGCUAACAACUGCCGGAGCCGACAAUGGCACAAUGCAAGUAACGAAGCUGGUACUGAAGACGCCACCCGGCAGCCCAAAACGCCAGCCAAAAACACCCGGCGUUAUAAUAAAAUCAAUACAAACACUUGCUGGACCGGGUCUAACAGGAUCGGGCAGUGUGCUAACAGAAAAACGAAACAUGCCAAUCAGUGCGGCAUCCGACGUGCCGGUGGCCUCAUAUCGUAUAACACCGAUCCUUUCUCCUCAGAACAAAGAUAUCAAAAAAGAAUUCGAGGUACGGCGAACGGAGCGCGAGCGAGCCACGAAUGACUUUCAAGAUUUUCUCCGUGAAAGCUUUAAGGAAAACAAAACUCCUUCUUCUACACCACCACCUGCUCCCUCGUCUGCGAUUGAAGUUUCACGUAUCGUAGAGAAAGGGUCAUCGGAAGCAGAAAGUACCUCUGUAAGCACAAUACAACACAAAAGUGCUGCCAAGACUGGUGUUAUUCAGCGAGAAAUGAAAUCAGUUGGUGAAAUACAGUGUGCAACGCAGGAGACUCAACUUAUCCCUGCGACGCAGCAACCGAUAGCAGCACGGCGUUCGUUGCUAAUGGAAACGCCAAAACAAGCAGAUAUUGUACAACCGUCCAACGAACUGAUUAUAACUGAAAGUAUUAGUCAGCCUCCAAGUGAUAUAAUAGAUACCAGUAUUAUUAUGCCUCCACCACAAAUCGCAAACCAAGAUUCUGAUCGUACCGUCGAAAUGUCGAAACCACCUACAGGUAAUCCAGUGCGACCCAAGCCACCCUCUAAACCCCUUUCUAGCACAAUCAAAACUGCAGUAGUAGAAGAUGUGAAGAAAAAAGAGAAAUCUUACGAUCCGGCAAAAGCUCGGGAAUUUAUGAGAGCACAACAUGCGAAACGCCGAUUGGAGAAAAAGGAUGCUCCUGUAGGUACGGGUGCCAAUACCAAAGGCACCGCGGAAAAGGAUCUCAUCAAGCAGCGGCUGGAAACUCUUCGACAAAGCUCGCAAAAGCUAGUGACGAAAAAUUUGCAAAACACUCGCAAACGUUCGCUGUCCUGCGCGCCAAAGGAAGGAGAUAAUGUGUACAAACGGUCUUCAUCCUGCAAGGAAAAAGAUGCGCCUUCAGUUCAAUGUCAGGAUCAAAAGUCCUCCGUUCGACCAACAAUGGGUUUACGUAAAUUUGCCUCAACACCAACGUUGCGAUUGAUAAAGAAGGACAAAGCUCCACAAGAUUCUAAGGCUGAUAUUGUACUUAAAGUGAAAGAUCCUGCACCGGAGGUUUCAUCAAAACCACCUUCAGCCGGCAGUCGAAAAAUCGAUUUACGUGUAGACAAAGAUGGUUCUUCCGGCAGAUCCACCAAUCCAUCCACCGCAAGCACGAUAAGUAAAUCAAGUAUCAAAAUUGGAAUACUUCGCAAGCCGGAUAAUUUGACUCUGGACGAUAUUGUAUCGCAAAGCCCACUGAAUAAAUUGCAAGCUGUUUCGUUGCCCAACAAAGUGAAAGUAAACGCACAGCUCAUAGAGAUCAAUGCCGAAGAGGACAGCGUGGAAGCGACUGUUGCUGCUGAACAGGAAUUGAAGCUCCAAGUGCCGGAUGUAAUGCUUGUGCCGACAAAUGUUUGCACACAGCCUGCGAAGCAACCAAAACAAUAUGAAAGCAAUGUUGCUCCCAUUAUUAUAGAAGAAAAACCAACACAGGAUUUUCCUUUAUCUCAACCGGUAAAGACCGUUCCUUCAUGGCUCAAGCAAUCUCUGCGGCAACCCGAUCCUUAUCCUUUCAUAUUGGCAGUGCGCAAAAAACUUGAAGCCGUCCAGCAUGUCCGGGAGGAAAGGGACAAACAAACCAUCCAACAAGAGCAAAAACCUGUUCAUCAGAAAAUCCCCAGCACACGAUAUAGUUCCUAUAUGAACGAAAUCGAAAGUGUGCCCUUUAUUAGGAAGAAUGUUGCAACUACUGUUCAACGCACUGAAGAACAGGUUCUAAACAAACGACAAUUUGGUAAUACUCACGAGGAAGGAUCAUCUAUUGUUACCAAAAUAUCACCAUGUUCUUCACCAAACACGACGUCCGAUAUUAGUUCCAUCAAAUCUGACCUAGCUUUGCCACUGCCUCCGCUGCUCAGCAGUACGAAGAUAGAAAUACCAGCUGGACCUCAUGGACCCGGUACCAACGGCCCUGUAAGCCCCCUUUCGAUAGAAAAAAUUUCUAACCUGAAAAUCUCUACUCCUGGCAACGCAUCUGCCAGAUCGCCACAUCACAGCGAUCACGUGAAGUCAAUAGACAACGGAAAAGAUCUAGAGAAGCCUAGAGCAUUAAGUCCAUCCCAUCCUCAUGUUGCCGUUCACAAUACGUCCAACGUUUCCCACCUGGAUCGAUCGCAGAAAGAACAAGAAUAUCAGCGUUUAUUGGAAUCGUUCAAUCGAAGUCUAACGCACGUAAUCGAAGUUAAUCAGCAACUCUACUCGGCAUUGAAAAAUGUUCCGACUUCAGCAGCGAUCCCACAAUUUCCGCAGGACGUUAUGCGACUACGUGACGAGAUGACGCAAACAUCGCUAGCGAUACAACGCAACUCAACGGUCACAAAGAUAGAAACAGUUGACUCAGACAAACAGGAAGGGAAAGUUUCAGAUGCGAUUACGACCACAGCCUCAAACUACAGCGAUGAUUUUGAGCAUCAAAGUCAAACCGAGGCACCUCCACCACCUACAGAACCUCACGAAACAAAAACAACCAUUUCGGCCUCAUCAACUACAGUGUCUUCGACCACUUUUUCAUCCACUUCCUCUGCAAAUAGCAGUGCGAGAAGCGAUACUGGUGAAAAUAGCUCCAAAAGCUCGGCACAAUCCUCAACAUCCACGUCGUUCGAUCGAAACGAUCCCGUUGCUUCACUUCGAGACGAUGCACCGAAUCGGCCAGAAACAAAUGCAACCGAUGAUGAGCGAAAGGCAACCAGUCACACCACAACCGCCCAUUCGAGUGAUUUUGAUUCUCGAUCGUUCAGCCUUUCGGAUAGUCACAACAACACGACAAACAAUCAGCCACCGAUGCCAGAAGAAUAUUUGCCAUCGUUCGAAGAGAGUUUGCGUAGAGCACAAUUUACGGCGGACAGAGAGCAGCAACUUCAUGCAUUCCAAGGACGAAGUAUUGCAAAUCAAGAGGGAAAUAAUUUGGAGCACAAGGAAGUUUCACAGGAAAGUAGCAUCGGUGAAGAAAUACAGCGUAACCAGGAUGAGGAGAGAUCGUUUAGUUUUAAACAUUCGGAAAACGUCGACGAUGUGAAGGUUAAUUCUGUUCCACUGAUGAGGAGCUCCUCGGAGGAUAGUAUCUGGAAAAAUAAGCCGCACACAGCACAAACCAACAAGGAUUCACUUUACUUAGAGAAUGCUGAUGCAACUAUCAACAGUGAUCUGCUGACUGCCAUGUUCAAUAGAACUGACUUGGAAGUGUCCAUUCUAUCUACUACCGUUUCGGAAACGAACCUUAGCUAUUCUUCUAUUGGAAUGUUCGAUCAACUCAUUCAAACUGAACGUAGCAAAGAAGAUCAUCUGGUGUCGCGCGUACAGUCCAAGCAAAAGGCCUUACUUAAUCGAGCCAAAGGACAGCUAGCUUGGCUGGAGCUUCAGAAGCAACGCUACCGAGAUAAGGGUUUGACGGAUCAAGUAACGGCGGUUAAAAAGAAACAGCGUGCAAUAUUAUUGCGACUGCAAAAGGAUCGAACAGAGUUAAAUAGCGCUUUAAAAUCGUCCACGGAAUCCUCGCGUACCAUGACGGCCAAUGAUCCAGCGCUGAUGACGAAAAUGGUCGACAGUAAGCUUAAUUCUUACUGCUCCUCGCCGAUAGCAAACAACUCCGGUUCGCUUACACUGCGCAAAUCGCCCAGCAACUUACGUAUUGCUCGUCAACAACACUCCCGUACACCGGAAAGUGCUGGUAAAAGAAUAUCGGGAACGACUACAACAACCACCAGCAACUCUAUACAGAUAGCAAUUCGGGGCCGGGAGCUAGAACCGAACGAUCGUUUGGAAGUCAUUUUACUGCGAAGAGAAGAAGAACUGCGCAAACGCAAGGAACAUGUGCAACAUUUGCUCGAAUGGCAUCGAAAGCUGGAACGCGAGGAAAAAGAGCUUAUUGCGGUGGAGGAUCGAUUGCUAGCCUACAAUAGUCGCAAGUUGGAGGCAGCGAGUAACCCACGCCAUGAGAUGACGAUUGAGCAACGAGUGCAAAGAAUUGAGAAGAGUUUAAAAACGUUACACAGCAUUCCAACCCCUGGCACUCGACGAGAUCACGAGCAAGACGAACGUGAAAAAGAACCGGAAUCAGCUGAAGAAAUUGUUCUAACCGGAGGAAGUAAGCUGAACAAAUUUUGGUACCGAUUAACCGGUAUCGAGGAGCAGCGAUAUGAACCGGGUAGAAACUAUCCAAUUACACGCCAUCAUAUGGAAGCGCUGUUUGAGGAUGCAAAGAAAUGUGUGCUGGAACAGUUCCAACGAAACGAAGGACAGCUAAAGGAAGCGUUGCUAGAUCAGUCGAUCAAAAUCAUUCAUCGCAAAGGUUCAAACGAUACGGAUACAGCAAACACUACGGAAAGUGUAGAAGAUAGCGAGUCAUUGCAAAGCACGGCGAUAGGAGAAGAAACGAUUCGCACCGUAGAGAAACAGAAGGAAAUUAUUCAAAAGGAAUCACUACACGAUACAGUAACGGCUACAACGAAUGAAACAACAAACACAGAGCAAUCGGAGUGUGAUGUCGUCACUCAAGUGGAACCUGAUGCGAUGGAAGCUUGUGAGCUGACUCCAAUGAUGGAAGACGAUAAAUGUUUGCUCUCUUCCACUGUAAAUGGAUGGUCACCGAACAGUAGAAGAAGCAUCGAAUCGGUAGAGUUCCACACACUGGAAGAAACAUCCACCCAGUAUCAAUCUGCCGUUGGAAACGAGCAUGAAGUGACAAUAGAAGAAGAACCGGUCAAAAGCGACAGCUACUCUAUAACAUUCGAGGAUCAGUCCGGAAGCAAUGGGGCAAUGGAGGUGGGAGAUGAAAGCCAGCAAUUGAUCGAGGACAUGUCACUGCCACCGAUGUUACUGAACAACACAUCGCUUAAGAUCGAAAGUGAUGAUGAUGAUUCGGCAUCAAGUAGUAGCCGUGAAAGUAGCGCAACGGUUGAACUAUCCGUUCCACUAGCGACGGAGAAGAAAGUUCAGGAGAAAUUGUCCAAUGCAGAAGGAGACGAUUUGGAUACGAUUAGCAGCGAUACUAGCAUUUCAAUUGCACAGUCACUGGAAGAGGCAAGUGGAAAUAGUUCCAUUUCGAACCUUACGACUCCCACGACGGUUACACCCACAAUUGCAGCAGAAAGUAUUGACGAAAAAAUUGAGGUGGCUAGUAAUGAACAACAUCAUCAAGCAGAAGAGGGAGAGGAUAAUGACGGAAAAAACGUUUCUCCAACGCAGAGUUCUUCGAAUAUACCUUUAGAGCCAUCUGAAAAUUCUUACGAUGAAGAAGUGUUCCACACGAAAUCUUCCACUGUUUCUAGUUCCCCACAAGCCACCACAUCCGAGUUGGCGAAACGGCUUGCCACACUGCACGACGAGUUGGAGGAAUUAAGCGAAACGUUCGAAAGAACUCCAUUGAUGAAGUCACCCAUUACAGCAGCAUCACUUGUCUCAAAAUCGGAUCAGUUUGAGGACCAAAACAGUUCGGAAGAAACAAUCACAUUUGAUUACGAUGACGAUAGAGGAGAUAUUCCUUCUCCUUCGGGUGAUCCUUCAAAGGACGCCGACGAUAAAGCGUCGGCUAACCAAAAUGGUGCAAAAAUAGAAGUUAAGCUAAGAUCAAAAGCGUUAGGUAGCAGCAGCGAUAUGGUUGCGAUCGGUUCCAGUUCCAACGCUAUGUACAAUCGUGACUAUCCGGCUCCAUUGCAGCAAUUGUAUCACCAUCAUCAAACGGAGACUGCAUCGUCAACAUCAUCCGCAAAUGUCGGCGUACGUAUGCCGGACAUUAUCAACGAGGCCGAAGUCCUUCGCCGUCAACAGCUGCAGAUCGAACAGGAGAUUAAGGAGCUCGAACAGCAGGUUGGCUUUUUCCGCGAAAUUCCUAACAAACCACCACCGCCGUAUAUCCCACCUGCUAACGGGAGUCCAUUAGCGUUACUUUUUCCUUCCGAGCCACGAAUCGACGAGCUGAUCGAUGGACGCGUCGAGGAACUGCAUCGCGAUCGUAUUGCACCGGAAAAUCUUCGCUCCGAUCACGUCACCAACGUGUACGAAAAACUGAUUCUCGACAUGUGCAAAGAGCUGUACCGUGAUCUUCGUCCAGCCGAGCCAAACGUUUCGUUCCGUACGAUACCGCACGACAAACGGCCGCUCGUCUUUCACAAUCCACCGGAUGCGUUGCGCUGCAUGCAGGAUUAUCUUCGCGUGAAAAUACGACGAGUUUUGAACGAUGCCCAGCUAGCCCUGCAACAGCAGCAGCACCAACAUCAACAGCAGCAGCUGCUCUUGCAUCAUCAGCAACAGCAACAAUCACAUCCGUCCCACCCACAGUUGCACCAUCAUCAUCUACUGCACCAUGGCCACUGCACGGCAACGGUACCUUUUGUCUACGGCAAUGGUUGUGGUAGCAAGCGCAAACCUGAUCAGGUCGACGAGAUCCUUAAGCAGGAAACGUAUGAUGAUGAUGCGCGCUGGACCAACUUCGAUCGGGAAGAGAUCGAGGUGAAGGAUCGCAUUACGGACGAGCUGCUAAAAUCGCUACUUGGGGAAGCGUUGCAGGAUAUGGUAGAAGCGUGCGAACGUAAAGAGGGAAAGGAAGCGAUUUUGAGCCAGCGUCAAGAAAGUGCCAUGUAGA